ACAGAGGUCGCCAUGUGAUUUGUCCAAUGAGGGACAACGUAUGGGUGCUGUAGGCAGGUUCUGCUGUAAUGCAAUAUCUAUAUGAUCGUUAUGAUUUAUUUUAAACAAGACAAUGCUGUGUGAAAAAUCUGCCGUUGGUCUUUGUAUUACCGAAGAAUACUGUUUGGAGAGGACAAAACUACUUUUCCUGACUGUCUGAGAGAAUCUGAAGACACCCUCAUCAUGACCAUGUCAGAUUUCCUUGGAGCCCUAAAGGACAACCCUUACUUUGGGGCAGGUUUUGGGCUGGUGGGUGUCGGCACAGCACUCGCAGUUGCCAGAAAGGGGGCACAGAUUGGAAUGAUCUUCUUCAGGAGACAUUACAUGAUCACUCUGGAAGUGCCCAGCCGAGAUAAAAGUUAUCACUGGUUGUUAAGCUGGAUCACUGAACAUGCCAAACAUACACAGCAUCUGAGUGUAGAGACCUCCUAUAUGCAGCACGAGAGCGGGCGUGUACAUACGCAAUUCGACUUCCACCCGAGUCCGGGCAACCAUAUUAUUUGGUAUGGAAGGAAGUGGAUCCGAGUGGAAAGGACCAGAGAAAAACAGAUGGUGGACCUGCACACUGGAACUCCAUGGGAGUCUGUCACAUUCACAGCUAUGGGCAGAGAUAGGCGGAUAUUUUUUAACAUACUCCAAGAAGCUCGUGAACUGGCUUUAAAGCAGGAAGAGGGACGGACCGUGAUGUACACAGCCCUUGGAGCGGAGUGGAGGCCGUUUGGGUUUCCAAGGCGACGACGACCUUUGUCUUCCGUAGUACUGGAGAAUGGAGUGGGGGAGAGGAUUGUGGAUGAUGUAAAAGAGUUUAUUGGAAAUCCCAAGUGGUAUACUGACAGAGGUAUACCAUAUAGGAGGGGCUAUUUGCUGUAUGGACCUCCAGGUUGUGGAAAGAGUAGCUUUAUCACCGCGUUGGCCGGUGAGCUGGGUUACAGCAUCUGUUUGAUGAGUCUCAGCGAUCGCAGUCUGUCUGAUGAUCGUCUAAACCACCUGCUGAGCGUCGCUCCACAGCAAAGCAUCAUCCUGCUAGAGGACGUGGACGCUGCCUUCGUCAGCCGAGACCUGCUGCCCACUGAGAGUCCGAUGGCGUAUCAGGGCAUGGGAAGACUUACAUUCAGUGGACUUCUAAACGCUCUGGAUGGAGUGGCAUCUUCAGAGGCUCGGAUUGUGUUUAUGACAACUAACUUCAUUGAAAGACUGGACCAGGCUCUCGUCAGGCCCGGACGUGUGGAUUUGAAGCAGUAUGUUGGCUACUGCUCCCACUGGCAGUUGACUCAGAUGUUUAGGAGAUUUUACCCUUAUGAAUCUCCGUGUGAAGCGGAGAGAUUCGCACAGCAAGCACUGGAAGCACAUACAGAGCUCAGCCCCGCUCAAGUGCAGGGACAUUUCAUGCUCUACAAAGCAGACCCGUCUGGAUCUAUCAAAAACACUGCAGAGAUCAAGGAAUGAAGAGCUGUUGAGGGCACACAGACUUUUGUUGAAAAAUGAUGCUAAGUGAACCACAACAAAUUGAUAAACAUUUGUUCCUUUUAUGUUUACACCGUUUGGAUAAACAAUUUUCACACAACCGACAAAUAAAAUCCAGCUGUGAGAGGUU